GGUGAUGUGAAUGGUGCAAAUAAUUAAGUAACAUUAAUGACACACACAAUCUCACUCUUAGAGUUGGCUGAUUUGAAAUGCACCAUUUAAUGUCAAGUAUUAGACAUACGAAUCGUCGCUAUUUAGAAUUUAGCAUUAAAUUUUAAACUACCAAAACUUCAAACCUUCAGUUAUAUCAAGCACAAGCCACACUACUACUAAUAAUUACUUAUUUCAACACUAACUAAUGGUAGUACUCAUUUUUGUCCACCAUGAAAGUCCCUCCUAAGAAACCUCACUUUUUCAAACCUAUUUUGCCUGGCUUCAAGCAUGGAAUGAAAAUACCAAUAGGUUUCUUGAAGUAUCUGAAGGGACAUGAUCAGUAUGAGCAUGCAAUACUAAGAAGGGCUGAUAAAAAGUGGCUGGUGAAGGUGAAUGGCAGUCGAUUAGAAGAGGGUGAUUGGAAAGAUUUUGUAGAACAACAUGAUUUGCAAUUGGGAGAUAUUUUAGUGUUCAAACAUGAAAGAGACAUGAUAUUUGAGGUUUCCAUCUUUGAUUCAAGUCAUUGUGACAGAGAAUACAUGCAUGAAGAAGAAACUGCCAAGAAAUUUUAUUUGAAAGAAAAACCACAGCCCGACAUAACGUCGUCAAGCAAGGCUGUUCCCAAUGUAGAAGAUGCUAAGGGCUUGAAUCACAGUCCCUCUCAUUUUAUUUGUACCAUGAAAUCCUAUUGCAUUUCAAAGUGUUUUCUGCCUGUUCCAAGCCCAUUUGCACGGCUAAACGGUCUCAGGAACAGGAGAUGUGCGAUAAUUAUAAUAGACGAGCAAAGGUUAUGGACCUUUAGGCUAUAUUUCUCUGGCUACACCACCAACAUUGGAGGUGGAUGGCGUAACUUCUGCUUUGCAAAUUGCUUAAAGGAAGCAGAUCGCCUAAUGUUUGAGACAAUAGCCAAUGGAGAGAAGCCUAUAUUGAAGUUUCGCGAUCUGAGAGGAAAUGCAUCACUCCAGCCCGAAGGAAAGCAGACUAAUUUGGAUACUGAAAGAGUUUCCACUCAAGAUUUGAGGGGAAAUGCGUCUCUCUAUCCUGAAGGAAACGAGACUAAUUUGCAUGCUAGAAGAGUUUCCACUGGAGAGAAACCAACGCCCAACAUCAUGUCGUCAGGCAAGGCUGUUCCCGAUGUAGAAUCUGCUUCUAAGGGCUUGCAUCUCAGCCAGUCUCAUUUUAUUUGUACCAUGAAAUCCUAUUGCCUUUCAAAGUGUUUUCUGCAACUUCCAAGCCCAUUUGCAAGGCUAAACGGUCUCAGGAACAGGAAAUGUGCGAUAAUGAUAAGAGAUGAGCAAAGGUCAUGGACAUUUAGGUUAUAUUCGUCUGGCAGACACACCUGCAUUGCAGGUGGAUGGCGUGACUUCUGCAUUGCUAAUGGCUUAAAGGAAGGAGAUCGAGUAAUGUUUGGGGUAGUCGCCAAUGGAGAAAAGCCUACAUUGAAGUUUCACGGCAAAUAUCUCAUCCAAGCCCUUCCCUUAAAUUUCAUCCAGUUCUCCAAUUUUGUUUUCAAGUUUUAUGAGUCUUUCAGUUUAUCUUCUCAGAAGCCUAUAUUUCUGGGAGUUGAAUAAGCCCUUCAGAAAAAA